CUGCAGGCAUGGUGGGGGCUGGCCUGGGGGCUCUGCUGCUCCUGGCCUCCCUCUUCCACGGGGCCCAGGCCACCUUCACCCCGAUCCACCGGGCCGGCUUCUGCUCCGUCUACGAGGAAUGCGGGCGCAACCCCGAGAUCAGCGGCAGCCUGAUCCCACCUAUCGUCCCUUGCCUGGACAACAGCCCGGCCCGCGCCCUGGACGGCGAACACCUGCAGCUGCUGCAGGAGGUCUGCCCGCACCUGGACCGCGGGCCCAGGGCCACCUUCGCUUGCUGCUCGCUCAAGCAGCUCCGCUCGCUCAAGGCGAGCGUGGCCCUGUCCAAGGUGAUCCUGACCCGCUGCCCAGCCUGCGCCGAGAACUUCGCCAGCCUGCACUGCCAGAACAUAUGCAGCCCGGACCAGAGCCUGUUCAUCAAUGUGACCCGGGUGCACACGGACGGCUCUUCCGUGCUGGCCUACCAGAGCUUCUGCACCCGCCGCUACGCCGAGGAGGCCUACUCCUCGUGCAGCGACGUCCGCAUCCCGGCCACCGGCGGCCUGGCCGUGGGCGCCAUGUGCGGCGUCUACGGCGCUGAGCUCUGCAACGCCCAGCGCUGGCUCAACUUUCAGGGCAACCCCAGCAAUGGGCUGGCCCCUCUGCAGGUCGACUUCCACCUGCUGGACCCCGGUCAGGAGCCCGGGGCAGGGUUGCAGCCACUGGACGUCGACCUCUGGCAGUGCCACCUCUCGUACGGCGACACCAUGGAGGCCUGCUCGUGCCAGGACUGCGCCGCCGCCUGUCCGGUCCUCCCCAACCCGGCCCCCCUGAACCCUGGCAUCAGCCGGGUUACCCUCGGCAUCGUGCUGGCCCUGGUCCUGCUGCUGGUGGCCGUGCUGAUCUGCGGCGCGGCCACCGCCGCCUUCUGCUACCGCCGAACUGAGGCCAAGCCGGUCAGCCAGGCCGGCGUCUCCUGCUCGGACCGGCUAAGCCUGUCCACCCACGCCACCCUGGGCCGCCUCUUCCAGCGCUGGGGCACCUGGGCCGCCACCUGGCCUCUGACCGUGCUGGGGCUGGCGGCAGUGGCUGUGGUGGCCCUGGCCGGGGGCCUGGCCCGCCUGGAGUUGACCACGGACCCAGUGGAGCUGUGGUCGGCCCCGGACAGCCAGGCCCGCCAGGAGAAGGCCUUCCACGACCUGCACUUCGGGCCCUUCUUCCGCACCAACCAGGUCAUCCUGACGGCUCCGGGCCGGGCCAGCUACCACUACGACUCCCUGCUUCUGGGCCCCAAGAACUUCAGCGGCCUGCUGGCCUCGGACGUGCUGCUUCAACUGCUUGAUCUCCAGGAGCGGCUGCGGGACCUGCAGGUCUGGUCCGAGCCGGACGGGAGGAACAUCUCCCUCCGGGACUUCUGCUACGCCCCGCUGAACCCGCGCAAUGCCAGCCUCACUGACUGUGCCAUCAACAGCCUCCUACAGUACUUCCAAAGCAACCGCACGAGCUUCCUGCUCACAGCCAACCAAACGCUGUCGGGCCAGACAGGCCAGGUGGACUGGCGGGACCACUUCCUCUACUGCGCCAACUCUCCUCUGUCAUUCAAAGAUGGUACGGCCCUGGAGCUGAGCUGUAUGGCUGACUAUGGGGCGCCCGUCUUCCCCUUCCUGGCCGUGGGUGGAUACAAAGGCCGCGACUUCUCUGAGGCCGAGGCCCUGAUCCUCACCUUCUCCCUGAACAACUACCCGGCCGAAGACCCCCGUCUGGCUCAUGUCCGGCUCUGGGAGAGCCGCUUCCUCGAGGUGCUGCGGGACUUCCGCCAGAGCACCCGGGGCCAGCUCAGUGUCACCUUCAUGGCCGAGCGCUCCCUGGAAGACGAGAUCAACCGUACCACGGCCGAGGACCUGCCCAUCUUUGCCAUCAGCUAUGCUGUCAUCUUCCUCUACAUCACUCUGGCGCUGGGGGAGUACAGCAGCUGGCGCCGUUUGCUGGUGGACUCCAAAGCGAUGCUGGGGCUGGGCGGUGUGCUGGUGGUGCUGGGGGCCGUGCUGGCCUCCAUGGGCUUCUACUCCUACCUGGGCAUCCCCUCGUCCCUCGUCAUCAUCCAAGUCGUCCCCUUCCUGGUGCUGGCGGUGGGAGCUGACAACAUCUUCAUUUUGGUCCUCGAGUUCCAGAGGAUCCCACGCCGCCCCAGUGAGCGGAGAGAGGAGCACAUUGGGCGGGUCCUAGGGAGCGUCGCUCCUAGCAUGCUCCUCUGCAGCCUCUCCGAGAUCAUCUGCUUCUUCCUGGGCGCGCUGACCCGCAUGCCGGCCGUACGAACCUUCGCCCUGACGGCUGGCCUGGCCGUGAUCUUUGACUUCCUGCUGCAGAUGACCGCCUUCGUGGCUCUGCUAUCUCUUGACGCCAGGCGGCAGGAGGCUUCCCGCCUGGACGUAUGCUGCUGUGUCCAGAUGGCAGAUGCUCCAGCCCGGCUGAGGGGCGAAGGGCUCCUGCUCCGCUUCUUUCGCCGGUUCUAUGUCCCAUUCCUGCUGCACCGUGUCACCCGGGUGGUCGUGAUGGUGCUCUUCGUGCUCCUGUUUGGCAUGGGACUCUUCUUCAUGGUCUUCAUUAACGUCGGGCUGGACCAGGAGCUGGCACUGCCUCAGGACUCAUACCUGCUGGACUACUUCCUCUACCUGAACCGCUACUUCGAGGUGGGGGUCCCCACCUACUUCGUCACCACGUCGGGCUUCAACUUCUCCAGCACGGAAGCCCUGGACGCCAUCUGUUCCAGCGCGGGCUGUCAAAACAACUCCCUCACCCAGAAGAUCCAGUACGCCACACAGUUCUCCAAUCUGUCCUACCUGGCCAUCCCGGCCUCCUCCUGGGUGGACGAUUUCAUCGACUGGCUCAACCCCCUCUCAGAGUGCUGCCGCAUCCACUCCUUCGGCCCCAACAAGGACGAGUUCUGUCCCUCCACCAUCAACUCUCUGAGCUGCACCCUGAAUAAGUGCAUGAGACCCACCUCGGGAGUGCUGCGCCCCACCCCCGAACAGUUCAACAAGUACCUGCCCUGGUUUCUCAAUGACUACCCCAACCUCAAGUGUCCAAAAGGAGGCCUGGGGGCAUACGACAGCUCUGUGAAGAUUGGCCCUGAGGGAGAGAUCCUAGCCUCCAGGUUCAUGGCGUACCACACCCCACUGAAGAACUCGCAGGAGUACACGGGGGCCCUGCGGGCGGCCCGCGAGCUGGCGGCCAGCAUCACCGCCACUCUGCGCCAGGUGCCCGGCACCGACCCCAACUUCAAAGUGUUCCCCUACACGAUCACCUACGUGUUCUACGAGCAGUACCUGACCAUCGUGGUCGAGGGGCUGUUCAUGGUGGCCCUGUGCCUCACCCCCACCUUCCUGGUCUGCUGCUUCCUCCUGGGCAUGGAUCUACGCUCCGGCCUCCUCAACCUGGUCUCCAUCGUCAUGAUCGUCGUGGACACCGUGGGCUUCAUGACUCUCUGGGGCAUCAGCUACAACGCCGUGUCCCUCAUCAAUCUGGUCACGGCCGUGGGCAUCUCUGUGGAGUUCGUGUCCCACAUCACCCGCUCCUUCGCCAUCAGCACCAGGCCCACGCGGCUGGAGCGGGCCACCGAGGCCACCGUCAUCAUGGGCAGUGAGGUCUUCGCCGGGGUGGCCAUGACUAAUCUUCCAGGCAUCAUUGUCCUGGCCUUUGCCAAUGCUCAGCUGAUCCAGAUCUUCUUUUUCCGCCUGAACCUCCUCAUCACCAUCCUGGGCACGCUUCACGGCCUGGUCUUCCUCCCCGUGGCCCUUAGCUACUUGGGUCCCGGUGUCAACCAGGCCCUGCUGCAGCAGGAGAAGAAACAGGAGCAGGAGGAAGCGGGAGGAGCCACUCCCUGGCCCGGAGACCUCUGCAGCAGCUCCUUCUCCAACACCGGCUUCGAGGGCGAUGUCAAGCUGGCCGGCGACCCUGCUGGCUCAGCUGGGCCCCCCGGAACAAAGCCCAGGGCAGAGCCGGUGGGGAUGGAGCCCCGGACGGAGUCCACGAGGUAUCGGUCAGGGACGGAGCCUUGGAUGGAGCCAGCGAGGACAGAGCCCCUGGGGAAAGAAUCAGAAGACAAGAAGCAGGCCACCUGCUUCUGAGCUCCAGGUUCCUGGACUGAUGUGUUACGGAUGGUACCUCCUCCAGCUGGGCUUCCGGGCUGCCACUUAAUCCAGCUGGGCUUCCGGGCCGCCACUUCCUCCAGCUGGGCCACCAGGCUGCCACCUUUUCCAGCUGGGCCCCGGGGCCGCCACCUUCUCCAGCUGGGCCCCUGACCUGCCACCUCCUCCAGCUUGGCCCCUGACCCGCCACCUCCUCCAUCUGGACUCCCAGGCUGCCACUUAAUCCAGCUGGUCUCCUGGGCCGCCACCUCCUCCAGCUGGGCCACCGGGCUGCCACCUCUUCCAGCUGGGCCCCCGGGCCACCACCUCCUCCAGCUGGGCCCCUGACCCGCCACCUCCUCCAGCUGGCCCCCAAGGCCUCCCUAAUUCCAGGGCCCCAGGUGGGGGCCAGCAGUUUCUUGACAGUUCCACUUCCACCCGCCUGCCUCCAGCCAGGCCCCCAGGGCCCUGGCCCUACCGCCAAUGGUGAACUCUGGGGACAACUGCUUCCUGGGGGAA